CCGAUGGACAUAAAUUGUCUGUCAGGUCAGAGAAGCUGCUUGCUGCGGACUGCGGUCGAUGUGCGACUGCUGCUUCCUUCUUGUCUCCGUUCCGUUCCCCUGCUUCCACCAGCACCAGCACCACCUCCAUUCCCCUUUCCCGUCCUCUCCGGCCGAUUCAAUGCCAUCUUCCCCUAUAUAGACAGCAAAACCAAACCUCUCCGUCUCCAUCUCCAUGGCCACUCGCUUCAGCAAGGCCGAGGAAGACGACGCAGCCUGUCUUUCCCUUCCAGAUAAUAUGCUCUCCCUCAUCCUCGCAAAACACCAGAAUGGUGGAGAAGCUUUUAAUCGCCCUACCCCUCCUUCCCCUUCUGAUUCGGGCUCGUAUCCCUUUGAGAAGAUUUUCCCUGUUUACGCGAGAGGCUUCUCCAGGCCCGACUCUGACUCGCUUGCCAACUCCCUUGACCACAUUUGGGAGGCCGUCAAGGACGAGGCCAAGCUGGAGGCAGAUAAGGAACCAAUUUUAAGUAGCUUUCUGUAUGCUAGUAUACUUUCACAUGAUUGCUUGGAGCAAGCACUUGCCUUUGUUCUUGCCAAUCGACUUCAGAAUCCUACCCUUUUAGCUACUCAGCUGUUGGAUACAUUUAUGGAUGUGAUAUUGCAUGAUAGAGGUAUUCAGCGUGCGAUUCGCCUAGAUGUUCAGGCGUUCAAAGACCGGGAUCCUGCUUGUCUCUCAUAUUGUACCGCUCUAUUGUAUCUAAAGGUGUUUGGAAUUGAGACACACAGUGACUAGUCACUUGAAUUGCUUUCCUCUUACAGGGUUACCAUUCCCUGCAAUCGUAUAGAGUUGCUCACGUGUUGUGGAACCAAGGACGAAAAGUGUUGGCUCUUGCAUUGCAGAGUCGAAUCAGUGAGGUGUUUGGAGUUGAUAUUCAUCCAGCUGCAAAGGUUGGAGACGGCAUUUUGUUGGAUCAUGGAACUGGCGUGGUUAUUGGAGAAACUGCAGUUAUUGGCAACAGAGUGUCAUUAAUGCAUGGGGUUACUCUUGGAGGCACUGGGAAAGAAGUUGGAGAUCGCCAUCCGAAAGUUGGUGAUGGUGCACUGAUUGGAGCAUGUGUGACAAUACUCGGUAAUGUAAAAAUUGGUGAAGGGGCUAUGAUAGCUUCUAGCUCUCUGGUAUUAAAGGAUGUCGGCCCACACAGCAUGAUGGCAGGAACACCAGCUAAAGUGAUAGGAUACGUCGAUGAGAAAGAUCCUUCUCUAACAAUGAAGCACGAUGCUACCAAAGAAUUCUUCGAGCAUGUAGCUGUGAGCUUUGUUGAGGGAAGACCCAAUGGAGGCUCUGCAACAGCGCAAAACUGAGAUGAGCAUGCUGGCGAUUUGGAAGGAAGAAGAGGAAGAAAUCUUUCUAUUGUAUACAGUAGACUGGUGUUUUACAAGAAGCAAUUGAACAAGGAGGCUCUGGACCAGCGAAACUGAGAUAAGUGAGCUCGCGAUUUGGAAGGCAGUAGAGGAAGAGAUGUUUUUAUUUUAUAAGGUAAUCUGUUGUUUUGCAACAGUUGUAUGAGUAGUUUGGAUUGAGCAAUUAGGAAAUGAGUAACUGAGAUUAUUAAUUCAUGUUUGGUCAUUACAAAUAUUUAAUUUCAUUCGUAGUCACUAACAUUAGCUAAACAUUCCAAGUUUAAUUUUUUUACAAAAGGUAAUCAUAUACAUAAAAUCAAAUAAAACGACUAGU